UAUACAUUUUAUUCUUUAUAAAGGAUAAUAGUUACUAAAUAAUAGAAUUUUCGAAAAUCCGACAAGAUUAUCAAUUUGCCAAAAUUUUGAAAUCAACUGGAUUUGAUCAUGUCAAGACUGACUCGUUGAAACAUUGACGUCACUAGCAAUCCUAACGAAAAUACGUAAACGCGAAUUGUAGCCCAUGAAAACCGUAAUUUAAUUUCGUGGUUAACGCCUCAUGAAAAGAAAAUGAAUGACGUCACAAUUGAUAUUAUGCAAUAUAGUAAAGAGAGUUCACGAAGAAACAUUAGUGGGCUAUUAUCGGGCGCCUGUGUAACUUCGUUGAAUAUUCCUCUCUAUAUAUCUCUGUCUAUUUCUUUUUAACUCAAGAUGGAGGUCUGGGUGAUGAUCUUGACCUUCGUGACCGUGAUACUAAGCAUCUAUUAUUACGUCUUCAAGGACUUGAGCUAUUAAAAAAAAAAAAAUCGCUUACCAUAUAUCGAAACAUGUCCAAUAUUGGAUAACAUGGGUUCAGCAUUCUUACGUCAAAAAACAAUUAAUGAUAUAAUUAUCGAUACUUAUAAUGUGCAUUCGGAAAUCAAAUGCAUUGGUUUCUCCGAUUUUCAACAAUCCAAUAGUAACAAUCCAGAAUCUAUUGAAUUAAGAAUGAGCAUAUUGAUCGAAAAUUGUUUUCGAAUGAAUAUUGAAAAAAGAUUAGGACGAAUGUUGGAUAUUGAUUCAUUUUGAGGGUCAAAAUUACGAUAUAUUAUCUAUCUAUUAAAUUUUGUUUACUUUUAAAAUUACAUAUAAAUGAUUUCUUAUAUUUAAUAAAUGCACGCAUGUUCAUCAAUCAUAAUAUUAUUCUUACAUGGGCACUACUUUGUUUAAUGACCGAACGUGGUAAAAAUGAUAUAUAUAUAUAUUCUGUCUUUUUCUUCUUUUAUAAAAGGUUGUAGUUAAAUAGUCAUGGAUUUUAGAAAAUUAUAUCAAAAUUGAUAAUUUCAUAUAAUUAAAGAUCGAAACGAUUUGAUAAUGUCGAUAUAGAAAUUUCUUUAAGCUGUUAACGUUACAAACAAUCUUCACGAUAACGCGCGAGUCGUACUUUACGAAGAUAUAAUUCACACUUGUCAUUCCGUGUCUUAUGAGAACGUUAGCAUGCCUGACAUACUCUCAAUAUUAUAAAAAAGAAUGACGUCAAUAAAACAGCUUGAUAUGACCACUACUAACGAGAGUUCGUAGCAAGAAAUAUCAGUCGGACUCAAUCUCGCGAUGCUAUAACUUCGUCGAUUAUUAUUCAUUUUUUCUCUCCUUCUCUCUCUUAAUUCUUUUUUUUCACUCAUAAACACAAUGGAGGCGUGGGCGAUGAGCUUGGCCUUCGUGACAGUGAUACUUAGCAUUUAUUAUUACGUUUUCAAAGACUUGAAUUACUUUAAGAAAAUCGGUUUACCAUAUAUCGAACCAUGGCCGAUAUUGGGCAGCAUGAAAUUUGUAUUUUUCCGAACAAAAACCAUGGCCGAAUUUAUUAUAGAGACUUACAAUUUCUAUCCAAAAGCCAAAUACAUCGGUUUCUUCGAUUUCAACAAACCAGUAGUGAUAGUACGUGACCCCGAAUUAAUCAAAACGAUUGCAAUUAAGAGUUUCGACUCUUUCAUGGAUCAUCGAUCUUUCGUCGACAGCGAGCAGGAUCCACUCCUUAAGAAGAUAUUAUUCUCCUUGCGAGGUAACGAAUGGAGAGAAACUAGAACUAUGUUAACUCCUGCGUUUACGUUGAGCAAACUGAAGGGUAUGUUGAAGCUGAUGAACGAAUGCGGAGCUGAUUUUACGAAUUACAUUUAUAAUAUGCCAAAAGAUAAGAGAACGAUGGAAAUGAAGGACGUCUUCACGAGAUAUACCAACGACGUAAUAGCCACUUGUGCCUUUGGCAUCAGUAUUAAUUCUAUGAAAGAUCGGGACAACGACUUUUACGUUCUCGGUGGAAAGGCAACCAACUUCGAUGGUAUUAAAACAUUAAAAUUCAUCAUGAUGCGAAAUUUUCCAACGAUUUCGAAAUUAUUAAAGUUAAAGCUAAUACCCGAUAACAUUAAUAAUUUCUUCGAGAACGUUGUUAAGGAGGUAAUGGAUAAUAGAGAUAAAAACAAUAUUGUACGACCUGACAUGAUACAAUUGAUGAUGGAAGCUAGGAAUAAGAGAGCCGAAAUGGGACAAGACCUACCUUUGACGGACAUAGUAUGUCAGGCGUUCGGUUUCUUUUUCGGUGGCUUUGACACCGUCUCCACGGCCAUGUGUUUCACCUGUCACGAAAUUGGUGUCAGUUCGGACAUACAAAAAAGAUUGCAGAGAGAGAUCGACGAGGUCAUUGAAAAGACCGAUGGAAAUCCAACUUACGAAGUUAUCAACGGCAUGGAAUAUUUAGACGCAGUGAUAAGCGAAUCCCUAAGGAGAUAUCCGAUCGCUAUUGUCCUUGACAGACUAAGUGUCGAGGAUUAUGAGUUACCACCAAGUUUACCAAAUGGCAAACCCUUCCCCCUCAAAAAAGGCUCAUUUAUAUGGUUUCCAGUUUAUGGACUCCAUCACGAUCCAAAAUAUUUCGAGGAUCCGUACAAAUUUGAUCCUGAAAGAUUUAUGGAACACGGCAAGGAGAUCAACAAUUCCGGUGUCUUCUUGCCCUUCGGAUUAGGACCUAGAAUGUGCAUUGGUAAUAGAUUCGCUCUACUCGAGAUGAAAGUUUUGGUAUUCCAUUUGUUGGCAAGAUGUAAUCUAAAGCCUUCCUCAAAAACCCAGAAUCCAUUGCGUUUAUCCAAAAAAGGAAUCACCAUGGCUGCCGAAAAUGGUUUUUGGAUGAAUUUUGAAAGUAGGAACAACGUUCAUCCUAAGCUUAAGAAUUUUGUAUCAUAAAUAUUGACCCGUUUUGGAAUUAUCGUUAUUUACAAAAUUAUUAUCUAUCAGUGUAUUCAAUUUUCUUUAUUUUCAAGAUAACAUAUAAAUAAUUUCUUAUAUUUAAUAAAAACACACAUGUUUAUCAACGAUAA